UACAAUGCUCUGCACGUAGUAAGCGCUCAAUAAAUGCCUUUGAAUGAAUGAAUGAAUGAAUGCCAUCGUCAGAGGAAUGACAUCAGGGGGCGGAGUCGAGGCGGGGCCGCAAGAAGGGACUCUUAAGCACCUGCCGGCUUGGGAGCCCGAGACCGGGGGACUUCGAGUCGCCUCCGCGGGGACCCGGACAGAGAGAGCGACGCUGGCGCAGCGCAGAGGCCGGGGGGCCCCGAGGGGGCUACAGCCUGAAGGUCGGAAUUCCAGAGGCUGCAGGGCGGAGCGGAGCCCCUGUCCGUCUACGACGGUGAAGAAGCUUCUGGAGCAGCGCCGGCAGCAGAUGGGAAUCGACUAUGACCCGGCGGCGCCGGGACCGAUGCCGACUUCGUCUGGCAACACCACGGGAACAGGCAACAGGCCGUUCUUAGACUCCGUGGAGGCCGCCGGAGAGAGUCUGGGGAUGGGGCCUGGCCCCCCUCAGCUGCCUUCGUGGGACCCCGAUUCCCACGCCACAUACCCUGACUGCCACUACCACUGCUCCAGCUCUGCCCAGGCCUACUUCUCUGGCCCCGGUUCCGGACUCAGCCCCCUACCAGACCGUGGGGGCUACGGACCCCUCUUAGGCCCCCCUGAGGACCUGGAGCUCCCAGCUGACUCUGCUGGCCUCUGCCUGGACCCCACUCCACCCUCCAGUUCCUGGGGAGGCUCUGGGCUGGGCCCCACACAGUUCUUCCAGGCCCCACCCCAGGACACAGGACCCGGCGGUCAGAGCCUGGAACAAGCCCGCGCGGAGGUGCGGGGCUUCGGACUAAGGCGGCUCCUGCAGCAGGAUGAGGAGGGGGACACGCUCCUGCAUCUCUUUGCAGCUCAGGGCCUGCGCUGGCUAGCAUUUGCAGCGGCUGAAGUUUUGCAGAGCUGCGGCCAGUUGGACAUCAGGGAGCACAAGGGCAAGACCCCACUGCUCGUGGCUGCAGCUGCCAACCAGCCACUGGUGGUGCUGGACCUGCUGCUCCUGGGAGCGGAGCCCAACGCCACGGACCAGCGCGGCCGCUCCGUCCUGCACAUGGCAGCUGCCUAUGGGCUCCCCGCCGUCCUCAUGGCUGUCUGCAACUCGGGGGUACCGGUCAACCUGGAGGCCCGAGACUUUGAGGGCCUCACCCCCCUGCACACCGCCGUCCUCUCCCUCAACGCCGCCCUCUGCCCGCUGGAUCCGCCAGCCGUGGCCCCGGGCCCCCUGCCCCCGCCGGCCCAGGACAGGCUGACCUGUGUCCAGAUGUUGCUGCAGAUGGGAGCCGACUCAACCAGCCAGGAGAUCAAGAGCAACAAGACGGCCCUCCACCUGGCCGUUCAGGGGGGAAACCUGCCCCUGGUGCAGCUGCUCCUGGACCUGCCUGUGCCUGACCCGCCCGCCUUCGUCAACAUGAAGGCCCACGGCCACACGGCCCUGCACAUGGCGGCCGCCCUGCCCCCCCAGGCCCCGCGGGAGCCCAUCGUGCGGCGUCUUUUGGCGGCCGGCGCGGACCCAACGCUGCGGAACCUGGAGAACGAGCAGGCGGCCCAUCUCCUGGGGCCCGGGCCCCAGGCCGAGCCGCUGCGGCAGCUGCUGAAGCGGAGCCGGGGCCCGGCCCCCGUGUCCUCGUAG